AUGGUCGAUGAGGGUGUUUUUCAGCCACCUGAGCGCAAGUGGAAGAUUCCACUCCUUGUUUUCUUCAAAGACGCGAGUCUUGUUUUCAAGAUGGAUGAACUUGGCUCAGAGAUACUAUGCAUAGCUUUCCCUGCUGCUUUGGCCUUGGCUGCUGACCCCAUUGCCUCUCUGAUCGACACAGCCUUUAUUGGCCAUUUAGGUCCGGUGGCGCUUGCUGCUGUAGGAGUUUCUAUCGCAAUCUUUAAUCAAGCUUCAAGGAUAGCGGUAUUCCCGCUUGUCAGUAUCACAACUUCUUUGGUUGCUGAGGAAGAUACUAUUGAAAGAAUAAGCAAUGAAGUACCAAAAGGUGAAAACUCAGAGAAGGUUUCAGACAAGAACUGUGAAACAAAAGAGUUGAAGGAUGCAGAUGCAAUGCUUGAGAUCUUGGAAGAGGGUUCAACCAAAGACAGUGAAAUGAAAGCUUCGAUGCCAGAAGACGAUUCCAAGACUAGUGCAGCCCCUUGUGUUAGCACCGGCGGUCGAAAUAAGGCUAAAUCGAAACGUGAGAAGCGGCAUAUCCCUUCAGCAUCAACGGCGCUAGUCAUUGGUGGACUGCUUGGCCUGAUCCAAACCCUAUUCCUCAUAUUUGCAGCAAAACCUCUCUUGAGUUUCAUGGGUGUGAAAUCUGGUUCUCCAAUGCUGCCCCCAGCUCUAAAGUAUUUGACAUUAAGAUCACUUGGUGCUCCGGCUGUUCUUCUCUCUUUAGCCAUGCAAGGAGUUUUUCGGGGUUUUAAGGAUACAAAAACUCCUUUAUACGCCACUGUUGCAGGAGAUCUAACAAACAUCAUUUUGGACCCGAUAUUUAUUUUUGUUUGCCGUUUGGGCAUCAGCGGCGCAGCCAUUGCCCAUGUUAUUUCUCAGUACUUAAUAUCACUUAUCCUCUUGCUGAAAUUGAUGACACGAGUUAAUCUCUUACCUCCAAGACUUAAAGAUCUGCAAUUUCAUCGGUUUCUCAAAAAUGGUUUUCUACUCUUAUGGAGGGUGAUAGCAGUGACAUUCUGUGUGACCUUGGCAGCAUCGUUGGCUGCUCGACUCGGCUCGAUUCCUAUGGCUGCAUUCCAGAUCUGCUUGCAGGUCUGGUUGACAUCGUCGCUUCUCGCUGAUGGUUUGGCUGUUGCUGGACAGGCAAUCUUAGCUUGUGCCUUUGCUGAGAAGGACUAUGGUAAGGCAACAGCGGCUGCAACCCGAGUAUUGCAGAUGACCUUUGUUCUAGGCUUGGGGCUCGCUCUCCUCGUUGGAGUUGGUUUAAAAUUCGGUGCGGGAGUGUUCACAAGGGACCCAAACGUUCUGCAGCUCAUUAGUAUAAGCAUUCCAUUUAUCGCGGCGACCCAACCAAUCAAUUGCUUAGCCUUUGUUUUCGAUGGAGUGAACUUUGGAGCAUCGGAUUUUGCAUAUACUGCAUACUCCAUGAUUUUGGUGUCCAUACUGAGUAUUGCAUCCUUGUUCUACCUCUCUAAAACAAAUGGCUUCGUGGGAAUCUGGGUUGCUUUAACCAUCUACAUGGUCCUCCGCAUAUUAGCUGGGAUUUGGAGGAUGGGCACAGGAACAGGACCGUGGCAUUUUCUUAGGGGUCAAUUCCGAUUGCCAUAG